AUAGCCGUGGUUCCCGUAGUGAGGAUCGUAUUGGUGCUUCAGGAUAUAUUACAGUUUGUCGAUAAAUAGGGACGUUCGCUUUGGCUACUACAGGCAUAUUGUCAGGCUCUGAAAACGAGCAAGUUUGCUAUUCAACACAGCAACCGCUCCAAAAGGUGCCAUUAUCCUGUGAAGUAUAAAAAAUACAUGCCAACUUGACCUUGAAUGGUGGAAUUGACAGUUGGCCUCUGGAGCGGCGACGCCGGCGCACAGAUUUCUGUUUACAAAAGACCUCUCAGAGAGAUCGGAGAAGUAUCUGGAAAAUGACCGAGAUGGAAGAGCAAUGAAAUGGCGCCGGGAGCAGUACAAGCUACCGAACCCGAAGGAGCAGUCGCAGCUACAACAGUCUAGGAGCAGGAGCAGCACUAGUGCAGAUAGCUGCUAAGGUUGUGGAAAAAUCACUGCGUCGUUGUAUAAAGAGAAAAAAAGAACUCCAUCACAGAGAAAAAUCAAUCACAGCGUUCACACUUUACAACGGUGUGCAAUCCCGGGGACACUGUAUUCUGGUCGUUCACCUAGUUGAGUAGAAGCCUGCGGCACACUAAAGACACGGAACAUGAGCAGUGAUGAAGAAAUCGGUGAACUGAAGGUUGUGUACGAUUUCAUAGCUCAGGCUAAGUUCAAAAAGGCUUUCGUCAGUGCAACGAAGGUGCUGGACCAGCGGUCACCCCUCCCACCGGAUGCUGCAGAAGAGGAUCCGUUGCGGGAAUUGUUUCUGUUCGUCGUGACCAAGUACGCGGAUCAGCUUGAGCAGGAAGGCAAAAUCGAACAAGUGUUUGAGAUCAUCGAGCAGGGCCUCGAGUACUUUCCCGAGCAUCCGGAGCUGCUAAAUGAGACGGGCGUUCGCUUGCAAAGGUAUGGCCGUUCGUUGGAGGCCUCUAUCUGCUUCGAGCGUGUGCUGCUGCAGGACUCCCGCUACUUGAAAGCUUACCAGAAUCUGCAAAACACGAAAUGCGAGCUUGUAGAGCGAUGGCACUUUCGCAUGCUUAACGAUGUCGUACGUAACGCUGCUUUUAGGGCCGCAAUCGAAAACCAGAUCGCUGCCGGGUUUAACGAGGUGCUGGACAUUGGCACUGGGACUGGUCUCCUAUCGAUGUAUGCCCUACGCUGCGAGGGUAUACGUAAGGCGGCUGCAUGCGACGGGUCGGAAAUUAUGGUUCAAAUUGCUCGCGAUGUGUUCGGAGCGAAUGGACUCAGUGAUCGCAUUUGUCUGUUUCAGAGCUACUCGCAGGAUCUCAAGAUUGGAGAGCGAUUCUCGUUGAUCGUGACGGAAACGCUCGACUCGGGUGCAUUUGGCGAAGGUAUUCUUGAGACGCUGAUUCACGCCAAAAAGCAUUUGCUUUUACCAGAGGGCAAGAUUAUCCCGGCGAAGGUCACACUGCACGUGUCCGGCUAUCAGUCGCGCGCUCUAACGGCCAGCAAUAUUUUAAUCAAUGAAGCGUUCAGUGAAGACUUUUCACUACCCAGCAACUGCUUGCUGUCCAAGGAGGGCACGAAGUGUUACGAUGCGGAGGACAUCGGGCGGAUUCAGGCGAAUGAUGAUUUUGAGUUCGUUACCGACACCGUCCUGGCGAUGGAUGUAAACUUUAACGAUCUGGACAGUCUUGUACGCUACCAGGACGGUACGGAGGUCGGAGAAGUGGAGCUAACCUGCCUGGACGAUGGGCUUCUGUUGGAUGGAUUUGUUGUGUGGUUCGAUCUGCAGCUGGAUGAAAAUAAUACCAUCAGCACCGAUCCAACGACUAAUACCUGCUGGAAUCAAGCUAUUUUUCGUCUCAAUCAGCGGCUUCCCGUGGCGAAGGACCAGCGCUUGAAGCUGACGAUGUCUUGCAAAGACGGAGCACUCUCUGUUGCACACAAUCUGAACUCUGUUGACAAUCAGAUCAGCGUCGAUGAGCACGUGCUUGAGUUUCUUAACGAUAUCGAAUACUACAGCAGCCUCACGGAGGCAACCGAUUCUUUGGAUGACAUGGAAAAAGUACUCGAUCUGUCGCUUUUUCCAUACGCCGGUCUAAAGCUACUUAAAGAAGGUAAAGCGAGGAUGCUUUUUUGUCUUGAUCAAACGGAAGAUUUGAUUGAAUUUAUUGCUAAUCAAAACGAUAUUCCAAUGGGAAGCAUUAUGUUGGUCAGCUCAGUGCAGGAAAUAUUUCUUCUAAACGACUACACACUGGAUUUAAUUAUCCUGCAACCGGUGGACGUGUUCGGUCAGAUUAACAGUGAGCACUUUUGUCUCUAUCAAUCGUUGCUGCCGAAACUGAAACCCAUCGGUACGGUGGUACCAGCCACGCUUGAACUGCACGGAAGCGUGAUCGAGUCCGAGUGGAUCGUAAAAUGUAGCCGUGUGGAAAAUCCGGAACUGGAGCAAUUUCAAAUCGAUAAAUAUCUAGCCUCCUUGGAGACCGAAAAUCAUCUAGACCUAGGGCCCUUCUCUUACCGCAACCUGUCCGAACCGAUCAAGCUGGCUGACGUGCAGUUCGAUGGGAAGUUGCACGAAACUGAAUUGGAAUUGACCCUUGCCGAACCUACCGAAACGACCCGUCUGCAUGCCGUGCUCUAUCACUAUUGCAUUGGAUUCACCCCAGAAAGGCCGCUGCUCACAACGGACCGCCUCCAGUCAUUUGCAAAGCGAUCCGCCUUUAUCAUUCCAAAGUCUACAUUCCAGGGCGUGAAUGGCGAAGAACCACCUGCCCCGAAAGACCCGAUUGAACAGCUCUACAUAAGUGUACUGCAGAACCAUGGGGUCAUUAAGUGUGAUAUAUCUCCAGUGGGUCAGUAAGAAAACAUAGCUUAAAGUAAAGCAUGCCAACCAACCAAAAUCUCCUCAGCAAUACCUAACGCCACGGAAAACCCACUAACCUCCCAAACCAAACCCCACCACUUUUGAAAGCGCAAUAAUAUAUACAUAUACGAAUUCAUUGAGAAUACAGGGGAAGGAAACUUAGUAGUAUUUAGUAGCAAACGUACAUUACCACAGCUAUAGGUAGUAUCGCAGCAUUAGACAUCACCUUACGGGCACACAGGUAGAAUCACCGUAACAUUACAUUCCCGUUCGAUUGGAACGAGCGAGCUAGCAAUUUUGAACACCUAAUAAACCACACUGUGAGCAUCAUCUCAAAAGUUUUGGGAAGAUAAACAAGGAACAAUAGUGAGAGCAAUCUUCGUAGUGAGUCCGUAGUCAAUCAACGCAAGCUAAACGAACACAAAAGAACUUGAACACCGCAUCACCCUAUGGGCAGAUUUAGUAGUAGUAGCAUAGUUUCGAUCUUUAGAUGCCACCGUACCGUAAAAAAGUACCACAGAAGCUGGCGAUGGCGGUGAGAGCAAUAAAGCAAUUAAGUAGGAUAACGAUUUGAUUUUAUCGUGCACAGUGAUGCUACCGUCAUUUAAUAAGAAUUGUGAUUGGAUUAUUACAAUCCACAUAUCAAAAUAACCGUUCAUGCGAUAGUGUGUUUUACAGUGCGCAAAUUCUGUAGCCGUUCAUAUGUAUUAGUUUUAACGUACAAAUAAAAGGAAACUUAAACAUU